GAGGUGGGGGGAGGGGAGUGAGAGGCUCCGAACGGAGCAGCCACCGCCAGCGCCGGGUCCGGGCAGGGGGGAUCGGCCCCAUCAUACGCAGCGCGGAGCUGCAGCCGUCGCCAGAGCCCUUGCUGGGGGAUUGAUCCGGGGCCAGCACCAACCCAACGGGUCCGGAGCCGGGAGGAGGCUUCGUCCACCAUCUCCUCCCGGGUCAGGGAGAGCCGCGGGCGGGCGGGCGCCGCGGAACAAAGGUCCAGCCUCGGCCGCUCAGCCCCGAUCGGGGGCUUUUUUCCGCAGCCUGAGCUCAUCAUGAAGGCCAUUGAUGAGCCUCCAUAUUUGACAGUGGGCACUGAUGUGAGUGCUAAAUAUAGAGGAGCCUUCUGUGAGGCCAAGAUCAAGACAGCAAAAAGACUCGUCAAAGUCAAGGUAACAUUUAGACAUGAUUCUUCAACAGUGGAAGUGCAGGAUGACCACAUAAAGGGCUCGUUAAAGGUAGGAUCUGUUGUAGAAGUAAAGAAUCCAGAUGGAACUUACCAGGAAGCUGUCAUCAACAAAUUAACAGAUGCAAGUUGGUAUACUGUAGUAUUUGAUGAUGGGGAUGAGAAGACUCUUAGACGCUCUUCUCUUUGCCUGAAAGGAGAAAGACAUUUUGCUGAAAGUGAGACAUUAGAUCAGCUCCCACUCACGAACCCUGAACAUUUUGGUACUCCUGUCAUAGGAAAGAAGACAAACAGAGGAAGGAGAUCUAAUCAUAUCCCAGAAGAAGAAUCCUCUUCCUCAUCCAGUGAUGAAGAUGAAGAUGAUAGGAAACAAACUGAUGAACUAUUAGGAAAAGUCGUGUGUGUAGACUAUGUUAAUGUGGAUAAAAAGAAAGUUCUGUGGUUUCCAGCCUUGGUGGUUUGUCCAGAUUGUAGUGAUGAUAUUGCAGUGAAAAAGGACAAUGUUCUAGUUCGUUCUUUCAAGGAUGGUAAAUUUGCUUCUGUACCAAGAAAAGAUGUUCGAGAAAUUAGUGAAACUUCACCAAAGCCUGAUGCUUUGUUAAAACAAGCCUUUGACCAAGCCCUUGAAUUCCGUAAAAGCAGAACUGUUCCCAGUACCUGGAAGACUGAGUUGAAAGAGGAGAGCUCCAGCAGUGAAGCUGAAGAAGAGGAAGAAGAUGAAAAAGAAAAGGAAGAUAACAGCAGUGAAGAAGAGGAAGAAAUAGAGCCUUUUCCAGAGGAAAGGGAGAAUUUUCUACAACAGUUAUACAAAUUUAUGGAAGACAGAGGGACUCCUAUUAAUAAACGACCUGUACUUGGAUACAGAAAUUUGAAUCUCUUUAAAUUAUUCAGACUUGUACACAAGCUUGGAGGAUUUGAUAAUAUUGAAAGUGGAGCAGUAUGGAAGCAGGUGUAUCAAGAUCUUGGAAUACCUGUGUUGAACUCAGCUGCAGGAUAUAAUGUUAAAUGUGCUUACAAAAAAUAUCUAUAUGGUUUUGAAGAAUACUGCACAUCGGCUAAUAUUGAAUUUCAAAUGGCAUUGCCAGAGAAAAUGACGAAUAAGCCCUGCAAAGAGUGUGAAAAAGAAAAAGAAUUGAAAAUGCGUGAAGAACCUGAACAGGAUGUAAAAGAAAUAAAAGUUGUUAAAGAAGAGCAUAAGGAGGAGGAAGAAGUGAUCAUACAACAGGAAGAAACAAAACCAGCUGAGAAUGAUAAUGAAUGUAAAGAAGAUGAUAAACCCACCUUUCUGGAAAACAAACAAAACUUGCAAGAAUCUAUGUAUACUCAGUCUGACCAGGAAAAGGAAUUCAGUUCAACCAAACCAGAAGAUGAAGCCAAUCUUGGAGAUAAAGAGGAAGAGAAUAUUAAAGAAAUGGAAAUUCUUAACACAAACAUGGAGGCUGAAGAAAAAGAAAAAUCAGGAGAUGACACGAAUAAGGAGGAAGAUGAAGAUGAAGAAGAAGCAGAGGAGGAGGAGGAAGAGGAGGAGGAGGAGGAGGAAGACAACAAUGACAACAAUGAGGAAGAAGAGUUUGAAUGCUAUCCACCAGGCAUGAAAGUCCAAGUGCGGUAUGGACGAGGGAAAAAUCAAAAAAUGUAUGAAGCUAGUAUUAAAGAUUCUGAUGUCGAAGGUGGAGAAGUCCUUUACUUGGUGCACUACUGUGGAUGGAAUGUGAGAUAUGAUGAAUGGAUAAAAGCAGACAAGAUAGUGAGACCAGCUGAUAAAAAUGUGCCAAAAAUAAAGCAUCGGAAGAAAAUAAAGAAUAAAACUGACAAAGAGAAGGAUGAGAAGUAUUCUCCUAAAAAUUGUAAAUUGCGACGCUUGUCAAAACCACCCUUUCACACGAGCACAUCACCAGAGACUGAGUCCAAACUUGACAGCACUGAAGCCAAAAACUCUGAACAAGCUCCAGUUAAAUCCAUAGAAAUUACUUCUAUCCUUAAUGGGCUACAAGCUUCAGAAAGUUCUGCUGAUGAUAGUGAUCAGGAAGAUGACCAAAGUGCCCAGAAUGUACAUAAUGAUGGCAAGGAGGAAUCUCCAGAUGAGACUGUGAGCCAAGACAAAAAUGAACUCUGUCCAAAAGAAGAGGAGAGCAGCUCAUCUCCCCAAGAAGAGGGAAAAGCCCUUGCAGACGUAGCACCACCUAAAUCAGUAUCCAAAUCACCAGAAAGAUUGCGGAAAGAGCUGGAAGAAUUAGCUGAUGAUACGGACUAUGAAGGAGAGGAUGAAGCUACAAAGAAGAGAAAGGAGGUCAAAAAGGAGGUAGUAGAUAAAACAACAAAGUCACAGGUAAAACGUGGUAAGCGAAGGUAUUGCAUCACCGAGGAAUGUGUAAAGACUGGGUCACCUAAUAGAAAGGAUGAAAAGUCCAAGAGCAAAGACUCCCAUAGCUUAGAACAUAGUAGUAACAGUUCCUCAGAUGAAGAUGAGGAGGACAAAUCUAAACUAAAAAUAACGCCAACUAAGAAAUACAAUGGGAUAGAGGAGAAAAGGAAGUCUUUAAGGACAAGUGGUUUCUACUCAGGGUUUUCUGAAGUGGCAGAAAAAAGAAUAAAGCUUCUAAAUAACUCUGAUGAAAGACUUCAGAAUACCAGAGCUAAGGAUAGAAAAGAUGUAUGGUCCAGUAUUCAGGGACAGUGGCCCAAGAAAACAUUGAAAGAACUUUUUUCAGACUCUGACACAGAGGCUGCAGCCUCACCCCCACAUGCUUCUGAGGAUCCUGCAGUAGAGGAGCAGCUGCAGACUCUUGCAGAAGAGGUUUCUUUGCCCAGCUCUGAACUAGAACAGCCUUUACUAGCCAGCAUAGAUGUUAAACCUGUUGAGGAGAAACCAACGGAAAUGAGUGACAAGAAAGUUGAAUUUCCAAGCAGUGGGAGUAAUUCAGUGCUAAAUACUCCUCCUACAACCCCUGAAUCACCUUCAUCUGUCACUGUAACAGAUUCUAGUAGACAUCAGUCCAGUGUAACAGUCUCAGAGACCUUGGCACCAAAUCAAGAAGAGAUACGAAGCAUCAAGAGUGAAAGUGAUAGCACAAUUGAAGUGGAUAGCGUUGUGGGGGAGCUCCAGGACCUUCAGUCUGAAGGAAAUAUUUCUCCAACAGGCUUUGAUGCCAGCGUCAGCUCUAGCAGUAGUAAUCAACAAGAACCAGAGCAUACUGAAAAAGUCUGUACAGGUCAAAAAAGACUUAAAGAUGCUCAGGGAGGAGGCGGUUCCUCAAAAAAGCAGAAAAGAAGCCACAAAACAUCAGUGGUGAACAACAAAAAGAAGAGCAAAACUACAAACAGCAGUGAUAGUGAAGAACUUUCUGCUGGUGAAAGUAUGACCAAGUCUCAGCCAGCAAAAUCAGUUUCCACUGGAAUGAAGUCUCACCAUACCAAAUCACCUGCAAGAACACAAUCUCCAGGAAAAUGUGGGAAAAACGGAGAGAAGGAAUCUGAUCUCAAGGAACAGAAUAAUCGUUUGCCUAAAGUUUAUAAAUGGAGUUUUCAAAUGUCUGACCUGGAAAAUCUGACAAGUGCAGAGCGCAUAACAAUCCUACAAGAAAAACUGCAAGAAAUCAGGAAACACUACCUGUCCUUAAAAUCUGAGGUAGCUUCCAUUGACCGAAGAAGAAAGCGCUUGAAGAAAAAGGAACGGGAAAGUGCCGCUAUUACAUCAUCUUCUUCUUCCUCACCUUCCUCCAGUUCCAUUACAGCUGCAGUUAUGUUAACUUUAGCAGAACCAUCUAUGUCAAGUUCAUCCCAAAAUGGGAUGUCAGUUGAGUGCAGGUGACAGCAGGACUUGCCAAAGCACUUUGCACUUAAUGGCUGCUGAGGGCCACUUUUUUUUAUACUGCACGGUGGCACAAAAUUCAGACAAGCACUAUUUUGUAUUUAAAAAUUGUUUCUUGACAAGCUAACUUUGCACUUAAGUGCACUUUUAUGAAGAAAAAGUACAACAAACUGCUUUUCCUCAAGCAAUAAUUGUUUCCAACUUGUCUGGGAAUUGUACGUCUAGUGACUCGAAGGCCUUCCACUGUGGCAAAUGGAGAGGCUGUUCACUGCCUGUAGAGACAGUACAGUAAGCAUACAGUUGUUGGAUGGGCCUAAUUGAUGUGUUAAGGCUUACUGUACAUCUAUUCCCUGGUAUUUUGUUAAAGCUGGAACAUUUGAUAUUUUUCCAUUUAUUUAUGACAAAUAUUGAACCUAUUUUCAUUUGUACAAACUAAUUGUUUUUUAACUUUUAAGUCACCUCAUAGUGGCUUUAAUUGUAUAAGUCAAGCACAUGUAUUAAAUUCAAAACCUGCAGUUAGUAGGAUGUUUGACAUCAGUCCUGAUAACCAAAUAUGAAGAUUCUCUUUUAAAAAGACUGACUAAUGUUUACAGGUUUGAAUUAGGCUAAUAGGUUACUGUGGGUUUUAAUAACCCAUUAAUUGGAAUGGAACUACUGUACUUUGCCAUUUUUCUAUGAAUCAGUAUUUUUUUAAUUUUGAUAAAAUACAUUAUGACAAAAGGAAGAAAAUGGCUAUCAAACUGUAUUAAAUCUUAAACAAUGUAUAAAGAUUGUAUUUAGCCAGUUUAAAGUGUAUAUUUAUUCAUAAUGGAUUAUAACAGUUAUAUUUUUGUGUUUUCUUGUAAAUGUUUCUUUUCCCUUAAAGCAACAAAUAUUUCAUUUGUAAUGCUUAUUUUAUUACGAGCUGCAACAGAGAGGACUUCAAGAAGGAGAAAGCUGUGUUAAUAUAGUUUGUGGUUGCUGAUAUGAACACUGCCACAAAAGGAUAGUUGUUUUUAAUAUAAAUAGCUAGCUGAGUGUUAGACAUAAUUUUUUUUAAAUGCCUUGUACAAAAUCCAAAACCAACUCAAAACUGUUUUCACAUGUAUUGAUUUUAUGUUGUAUGAAUCCCAAGCUUCUCUCCUGUUAAUUAUACAUCUUUGUAAGACAUUUGUAUAUUGCGGAAGUGUUCAUUCAAGCUAUUUAAUACCUGGCACUGUUAAUACACAGUACUUUAUUGUACAGAUUGUUUUACUGUUUUAAUUGUAGUUCUGUGUACUUCUUUUGGCUGGGGGAAAAAGGGGCUGGCAUGUUUUUCUUUGUUUUUUGGCAAUACAACAUGUAAUUUCAAAAGGUUUUGUUUGUAGAUGAUAGAGUGUCAGAAUCCUUUACUUUCGACUUUUCUAAGAAAAGCGUUUUCAGUCUUCGUAGUGUGUGCUUACGGUAACUGAUUUUAUUGAAAAUGGUUUCAAAGUAUUCAGAUUUGUACAAGACUGUAAAAAUUUGUUGACAAACAUUGAAGGAAAAGCUUAUAGAAAAAAAGCUAUAAAAUAUAUAUUAGGUUCUGCAGACAAUGGAGAAUUAUGUAAUAUAUUGUACAAAUGUAAGCAAAGGCCUCUGAAAUAAAAUGCCAUAGUUUGUGAA